AUGUCUGUCGAAUACAAGGGCCAGAACCCCCUCGACAUCGCCAAGCAGGCUGAGAAGGACCUCAACUCGCACGCAAACGCCCACGGCACCGAUCCCAACACAGCCAACCCCAAUCCAACCGAGUCCGGCAUCGACGAGUCAGCAGUCAACAAGUUCCCCGAUGCCACCGUCAUAGUAGGCUCUGGCGCAUCAGGCGCCGGCAACAACCACGAUAUCCCAGAGUCCGAGGGUGGAGAUAUCAACCCUGCGACUGGCAAGCUCUACAAGGCUGGUGACUUUGAGAAGGGUGUUGGCGCACCUGAGGUCAAGGAUGCAAGCUACGCGAAGAACCACGGUGGUGAGCCUGAUGCGAACGCGCCUGUAAGGCAAGGACAGGGCCAGACUGGCAAGCCUUAA